AUGAGGAGGAUGAGCGGCAGCCGCAGCAGCAGGAUUCCGAGCCUGCUGAGCAGCAGCAGCAGCAGCAGCAAGAGGAAGGAGGAGAGGGUGUGGGUGCUGCAGGCGACUGGGAGAGAACAGCAGAGCAGCAACAGCAGCAGCAGCAGCAGCAGCAGCAGCCGGAGUUUGGUAGUGCUGAGCAGCGUGAGCUGCAGCAGCAGCAGCAGCAGCAGCAGCAGGAUGUGCAUGAGGAGGAUGAGCGGCAGCCGCAGCAGCAGGAUUCCGAGCCUGUUGAGCAGCAGCAGCAGCAGCAAGAGGAAGGAGGAGAGGGUGUGGGUGCUGCAGUACUUUUACGAUCAGUAUCUGCAGCAAGACAUGACGGCUGCAGAGGCGCUUGCGUCCGCAACAUCGUAUGUUGAAAAGCCGGAGGCUUAUGGUCUUAUUGAGGGAGGGUCUACAGAGGGCGCGUCAGCAGCAGCAGCAGAAGACACGCACUAUACAGCAGCAGAAGAAGCUGCAGCAGCGGAAGACGUAGGUACAGCAGAAGAAGCAGCAGCAGCAGCAGCAGGAGCACCAGAAGCUGCGGUAGCAGCAGAUGUUGCUGCUGUUCCUGCUGGAGACGGAGCUGAUAGGGACGAUAACUAUCAGAGGCCCCCCUUCAUGGUGAAGCCAAAGGGCUUGACUGGAUUUGAAAGGGGCCCCCCAUAG